GCCAUCUUUUCAAUAUAUAGUUUUCAUGUUGUGGGGGGUCAAUUAUUCUCGUCAGUUGAUAGUUAUUUAAAAAUGGCAGUAAUUUGUAAAUUAUUAAAAUUCACAAACAGAUGUGAAUCAUUAAAAAAAUCAGUGCUCUUCAAUGGAAAUUCGAGUUUACGGAGAUAUUGUACAUUUGUACAAGAGCCGAGGUCAAAACGUUUUAAAGGAAUCGUGAAAUUUAGUCUUGUCGGUGCAGCAUUGGGAACAGCAGUCGGUGUUAUUUAUUCUACACAAAAAAUAAAUAAAGCCAGAGAUAAUUUGGCUUUAGAAGGAACACAAGUUGAGAGGAAAAUUUUAUUAGAAAAACCUCCAAUUUCUGCUUCGAGAAGUAUUAUAUCGCCGGUUGAUUCAACCAAUUUGGAUCUUACGCUUUAUCAAUAUCAAUCUUGUCCGUUUUGCUGCAAGGUUCGAGCCUUAUUGGAUUAUUAUGGAGUUUCUUACGAUAUUGUUGAAGUGAAUCCUGUAUUUCGUACGGAAGCAAAAUGGUCAAGUUACAAAAAGGUGCCAAUUUUAUUAGCAAAAGUAAAUGGCGGUUAUCAACCAUUAAACGACAGUUCGAUGAUAAUUUCUCUCUUAGCUUCCUAUUUUUACGAUAGUACGAAUAAAAUAGAGGAACUCAUUAAAUUUUAUCCGAGUAUUGCCUUACACGAUGAUAAGGGCAAAUUUCAAAAUGAAAUUGUCAACAAAUAUUUCUUGAUGUACCAAAAUUCGAUUCCCAAAGAGAUGACAAUGAAUGAUAUUGUAGAAGAACGAAAAUGGAGAAAAUGGGCCGAUGAUGUCCUUGUUCACACUCUCUCGCCAAACGCUUAUAGAACUUUAGAUGAAUCAUAUAGAUCGUUUGAAAAAUUCUCAAAAGUGGGAAACUGGGAAGAAUAUUUUCCGUUUUGGCAACGAUGGGUGAUGAUUAAUGUCGGUGCUGUUGCGAUGUGGUGGCUCGGCGAUCGAUUGAGGAGAAAAUAUCAACUUAAGGAAGACGUUCGACAGUCAUUGUAUGACGAGGUAACAUAUUGGUUGAGAGGAAUCAAAGCACGCGGUGGACCAUUUAUGGGAGGACAGAAUCCCGAUUUGUCCGAUUUGUCCGUUUAUGGAAUUCUCAACAGUAUCGAAGGUUUAGAAGCUUUUAAUGACACACUAGCGAAUACAAAAUUAUCAACAUGGUACUACGCUAUGAAGGAGAAAGUCGAGUCACACUCUGGAAAUCAUUUAAUAAAUUCAUAAUUUUCUUUUCAA